AUGGAUGUAUCUGCUGACUCUUCCACUAUCGCCGCUGCUAAGAGUCUUCAAUUAGUGAAUUAUGCCGUCGUGGCUACCGUUGCAGUCAUGGUGUAUGACUACUGUAUCUUACUAGGAGAUGAAAUCAUGUACAUUUCCACUGCACGACGGAAAAAAGCGAAAGCCAUGCACCUCAUUGCCCGCUGGCUCCCAUUUUCCAUGCUCGGUGUGCGCUGCUACGGUCUACAGGCUCUCUCCCUUUUCAUUGCCGAACUCAUCUUCACGUUGAGAACAUACGCGCUAUGGGGACACAGCAAAAGGUGUUGGGCUAUAGUCGUUGGAAUUGUCGUGCUGAUGACAAUAGACCAAGGACCUUCUAUCUGUUUACCACUUGUGUCAAUUGCGUAUGCAUUAUUGAUCGUUUAUGAAGUUGAAAUCCUCCUAUUCAGCCUCUACCGUGCCCUCAUCCACUACCGCUCCACGCGAAGCCCCCUCCUGCGUGUGCUCUUACAACAUAACAUAUUCUACUUCAGCUGUGGGCUUGUCAUUUUCUUUGGUGCUUGGCACCUUCUUUCUCGACGGUCAAUACCAUACUAUACGAGCCUCCAAGUCGUCAUCCAUGCCAUCCUUGUCACGCGCAUGCAAAUUGACCUGUGGAAGAGUGACCAGCUCACGCAUCAAGGCCACGUUCGAUAUUUUGAAGGGGGAGAUGCGGGUGCGGGUGCAGAUGCAGAUGUAGACGCGAACAUAGACGCAGGCGGAGAGAGAUGGUGGCAGCGGAGGGGAAGAGGAGGGGUAGGGCAACAAGGAGGAUGGGCGUGGAGAUGGAGGUCAGAAGGAAGGGAGGUAGAAACUGCCAUCCCGCUCGGGACACUCGAGGAACUGGAGUUCGCACGUGGUUCGCGUGCUACUGGUAGCGGCUUUAUUCGUGAGGAGUUAGAACAGCUUGGGGACUAUGAACGAAAUCUUACGAGGGCGAUCAUGAUCAAGAAGCCUCACGUCUCCAAUCUUCAUGGCCUGCAAAUGUUGGCCUCAACUCUUGAAGCUCCGUGGACUCAGGCCACGAUCAGGCUGAUUUUCUAUCUCUGGAGCACUUGCAUUGCUCGAGCUAGCGGACAGCUUACAGAGUUUGAGCGCGCCGCCGCACAGAAGGAGGCGGCAAAGGAAAGCGUUGGGAGUAAGGUCUUCAUCGACCUCACGAACGACAUAAAUGACUUGGAUCCUACCACUGCCGCCGCUUUUUCGAGGAGAACAAUAUCACUGUAA